UGCAGCCCAAUUCCUUAUGCAUCGGAACGGCAUCUCUGGCCAAUAAAUAAUGGCUUUCUUAGUGUUCCUAAGGGGUUCUUAAACCCAAGCCAGCGCAGGCUGUAAAACUGUGGAAUGCUUUACUGCCCAAAGCCUUGGACUUCUCCUGACUGCUUCAGCAUCUGCGGUCCGUGAACUAAGCGCUUGCUAAAUUAUUUAUUCGCUAUUAUCAUUUCUGUCAUCGUUAUCGUUAUUGAUGCUAUGUUUAAUAACGCGUACGUGUCGGAGCCCGUGAUGUGCACGCCUCAUUAAAAUAGCUUGGUAACCGUGUGGUGAUGUGCCUGCUGUGACCUCUGACCUCUGACCUCUGACCCAUGGCCGACCCUGCCGUGUCUCCCGCCAGGGCUCCGGAGAUCAUCCUGGGCCUGCCCUUCUCCGAGGCCAUCGACACGUGGUCGCUGGGCUGCGUCGUCGCCGAGCUCUUCCUGGGCUGGCCGCUGUACCCGGGGGCGUCCGAGUACGACCAGAUACGCUACAUCUCUCAGACCCAGGGGCUGCCGGCCGAGUACCUGCUGAGCGCGGGGACGAAGACCACGCGCUUCUUCAACCGGGAGCCCGACUCCACCUACCCGCUCUGGAGACUGAAGACGCCCGAGGACCACGAGGGGGAGACGGGGAUCAAGUCGAAGGAGGCCCGCAAGUACAUCUUCAACUGCCUGGACGACAUGGCCCAGGUGAACAUGGCGAGCGACCUGGAGGGCGGCGACGCGCUGGCGGAGAAGGCCGACCGGCGGGAGUUCGUGGACCUGCUGACCAAGAUGCUGACCAUCGACGCCGACAAGAGGAUCACGCCCGUCGAGGCGCUGAACCACCCCUUCGCCGCCAUGACGCACCUCCUGGGCUUCCCCCACAGCGCGCACGUGAAGUCCUGUUUCCAGAACAUGGAAAUCUGCAAGCGGAGGAUGAACAUGUACGACACGGUGAACCAGAGCAAGACCCCCUUCAUCACCCACGUGGCACCCAGCACCUCCACCAACCUCACCAUGACCUUCAACAACCAGCUCAACACGGUACACAGCCAGGUCAGUCUAUACCACCAGCUCAACACGGUACACAGCCAGGCCCCCCACCUGGCUCCCUCCUCCUCCGGCGCCGCCCUCUCGCUGGCGCCCCCCCCCGACGUCUCCGUGCUGAGCUACCCGCCUGCGCUCUGCCAGCCCGGCGCCGCCGUGGCCCCCAGGAGCCUGCCGCUGCAGCCGGCCGCCCCCCAGCUGUGCGCCGCCCGGCCCGACCCCUUCCAGCAGGCCCUCAUCGUCUGCCCGCCGGGCUUCCAAGGGCUGCAGGCCUCGCCGUCCAAGCACGCCGGCUACUCGGUGCGCGUGGAGAACGCCGUUCCCAUGGUGACGCAGGCCCCCCCCGGGGCCCCGCCCCUGCAGAUCCAGUCGGGGCUGCUGACGCAGGUGAGGAACCCUUUCCCUCGGGGCGUCCCGGCGAGCUGCCGGCCCGGGGACGCCCAAAUCUGACCCUCAGGGGACCCG